CCCCUGCUCUCACCCUGGCUGGCGCUCCGCUGUUGCGGUCGCUGCGGUAAGCGCGCGAGGUCUGGCCUGGAGAACCUGCCGGAGUUACCUCGGAAGCUCCACAGAUGUCCCGCAAAAGAGGUGCCGAGCCCGGACCGUUACCCGAGCGCGCCCCGGAGAGAAAGAAGGCCUGCUGGGGCAUUCUGACCAGCCAAGGGUCCUGGGCAGAUCGCUCCCCUCUCCAUGAAGCAGCUUCUCAGGGUCGACUGCUUGCCCUGCGCACUCUGCUGGCUCAGGGAUAUCACGCCAACAUUGUCACAAUCGAUCACGUGACUCCUCUCCAUGAAGCCUGCCUGUCAGGACACGUAGCCUGUGUCAGAGCAUUAAUAAAUGCUGGAGCUAAUGUGAACGCUGCUACCAUUGAUGGCGUCACUCCUCUGUACAACUGUUGUGCCUCUGGGAGUGUCGGUUGUAUAGAACUGCUGCUGCAGAAUGGAGCACACACCCACACAUUGCAAACACACUUCCCCUCGGCUCUGCACGAAGCCUGCAAGAGAGGUAAUAGCCAAUGUGUAGAGGCCCUGCUGUCUCAUGGACAAGAUCCAGACUAUGAAGUGUCCCACUUGGGCUCUCCUCUGUACAUGAGCUGUCUACACCGACACCCUGCCUGCUCAAAGAUUCUGCUGCACAGAGGAGCCAGUGUUAAUGUAGGCAGAGGAGGGGACAGUCCUCUGCAUGCAGCUGUCAGACAGGACAGUGUUGAUCAGGUGUCGGUGUUAUUGGACUAUGGAGCUGAUGUCAACAUCAGAGACAGCAACAAUCAGCGACCUGUGGAGCUGGCACCUCCUGGUGGAAAAACACAACAGCUGCUACUGACAUUUGAAGUUUCUCCCAGGAGUCUCUGCCAGUUGUGUCGUCUCCAGAUCAGGAAUCUGAUUGGUCGAUCCAGACUGACGCUGCUCCCUCUCCUUCCUCUCCCUUCACUGCUCACUCAGUAUCUGGAGCACACGUAGGAUGAUGGGCACACAUGCAGCAUGCCAUUGAAACGCAACUACAAUUCAGAUGCCAUUUCUUUAACAUUUGAAAUUUAGAUUUGCCAAACCCCUUAUCAACCACUUUUCAUGUUAACAUGUCACCAUGACUUUAACUGAACGCUGUGUGGAGUGUGGCUACUGCAACAUCAUUACACCAAAAUACAGUCAAGAUUUACACUGUACACUGUACUGUGGUGCAUAGUACACUGCCUUUGUGUUGCUCAAACUGACACAAUCUCUGUUUAAAUGUUUAUUAUAUAGAGAGAGAUACCUUUUCUCUUAUAGAUAAAUGUCUGACUAAUCCAGACUUUGGACUUUUGGCUCUGUAUGUUGUAAAAGCACAAUAUGUCAUUUUGUGAAUAGUGGAAUUUAUUUUCCCUCUGCACAUGCUGGCCUUCAAGUAUCUGUAUGGAUAUGAUGGAUAUGUAAAUACCAAUAAAUGAUCCAUGGCAUGACCUCA